AUGAGUCUGUUAUGUUGGAACGCUCGGGGGUUGGGGAACCCCGGUGCGUUGACUGCCUUGCGAGCUCUGGUUCGUAAGUUUUCCCCAAGUUUAGUUUUUUUGUCGGAGACUAAACUUUAUGGUGGUUGGGCGGAAGGGAUUAGGCGACAAAUUAAUUUUCCUAAUAGUUUUCAUGUUGAUUGUAUUGGGAAGAGUGGUGGUCUGUUAUUAUUAUGGAAUGACGAUUGGGAGGUUAAUGUUAAGUCAUUCACUUCUGGUCAUAUUGAUGCUUUGGUUAAGUGUCCUGGUAGGGAGGUGUGGAGGUUCACUGGGUUUUAUGGCAACCCAAAGGCAAGUUUACGGGCGGAGUCGUGGAGAUUGUUAUGUCGGCUUAAGGAUUUAUUUGAUCUUCCUUGGGUCUGUGGUGGUGAUUUUAAUGAGAUUCUAUCGAUAAAUGAGAAGAAGGGUGGUGCUGAUCGUAGUGUGGCGGCAAUGUCUGAAUUCCAACAAGCACUGGAUAGGUGUUCUUUGGCGGAUUUGGGGUUUGAAGGGCAGUGUUUUACAUGGUUGAACAAAAGGCAUGGAGAUGCGCAUGUACAGGAACUGCUUGAUCGUUAUUUUUGUAACCAAAGGUGGCAUGAUUUGUUUCCUUCUGUUAAGGUUCUUAAUGGUGAUUUUCUUCACUCUGAUCAUAGACCGAUUGUGGCCACUUUGGAGAAUGUGACUAGAAGGCGGCAUUUUGACAAAAAGAGGGGUUUUCGGUUUGAGACUCAUUGGUUGAAGGAUCCUGAAUCUCAUCAAGAUAGUCUUAUUGAUAUUUUUGGCUCGUGUGCUAAUCAGUUGGGGGAGUGGAAUAAAGGUAAGUAUGGAUCAAUUCCUAGGUUGGUUAGAGAAACACAGAAGCAAUUGGAUGAUCUUCUUAGUGUCUCGGCGCCUUUAGUGCAUAUGGAAGAGGUAAAACGUCUUGAGUUUAAAUUGAAUGACCUUUUGACUCGUGAGGAAUGCUAUUGGAAAUUGAGAUCGCGAGCUGAUUGGCUUGCUCUUGGGGAUAGAAAUACUAAGUAUUUCCACAAUAAGGCCACGGGUAGGAAAAAGAAGAACGCAAUUGUGGAGAUUAUGACUGAGGAUGGGCGUAAGUUGAGUUCUGAAGAAGAUAUAGUUUGUGAGAUUGAGAGAUACUUUGGUACUAUAUUCUCGUCUACUUCUCCUUCUGUGCAGCAGGUAGAAGAGGGUAUUGGCAAUAUUGAAGCCAGGGUCUCUCAGGAUGAGCGGGAGUUGCUUGAGGCUCGGUUCACUGCUGAUGAUGUGUUUGCGGCGGUUCGGGCUAUUGGAGCCACGAAGGCGCCUGGGCCGGAUGGUUUCCACGCAAUAUUUUUCCACAAGUUACGGGAUAUCGUUGGUCCUCGGGUUCUUCUUUGUGUGCCUGGAUAUUUUAAAUGGGGAGCAAUCGGUCAAGAAAUUUAA